AUGGAUUCAUAUGAAAGUACUAGUUCGAUACCAAAUUUAAACGAGGAUUAUGCAGAAGUUAAUUACGACCAGUUAGAGGAAUCUCUGACACCUCCUCCCUUGGACCUUUACGGCGUUCUCAACGUUUCUAAAGAGGCAACUGAAGAAGAAAUCAAAGAUGCUUAUAAAAGAUUAUGUAGAACUUUUCACCCAGAUAAACAUGUAAACCCAGAAAAUAAGAAAGCCGCUGAAACAAAAUUUCAAGUGAUUCAAAAAGCUUACGAAGGCAAGUUAAAUUCCGAGAUUCAAAGGGCUUAUAUACCUUACAUUAUAUUUACUUGUUCAGUCCUUACGGAUCCAAAUAAGAGAAUCGUGUAUGAUAUGUUUGGUGAAGAAGGAUUAAGUACUUCUUGGGAGGUUGGACCUCGUUUGAAAACACCACAAGAGCUUAGAGAAGAAUUCGAAAGACAAGCUAGAUUAAAAAGGCAACAAGAAGUUGAAAAUAUGAUCCAUUCAAAGGGAGAUAUUCAAUUAAGCAUAGAUGCAACGCAGGCAUUUAAUCCUUAUGAUCGUCGUCGAAAUCGACUCUCCACAUUUAAUAUGAAAAACUUUUUUGAAAAUACUGAAAUAACACAACUUAAUAUGAAACACUCUUUUGAAACUCAAUUACGACCACAAACCCAAGUAGUGAUAAUUGGCCAAACCCUUCUACGUAAUGGAAUAGGUGGUGGUAAUAUUGUCGGGACAUUGCGGCAUUCAUUUUCGCCAAAAAUUUGGGCCGAAUUAUGUCCGCAAAGGCCUCAUAUAGUAUUGAUGAAAACAGGCAUGUAUUUAAAAAACAAAAUUUAUGAGUGCAAAAUUGUGAAAAUUCAAUUUCUAAAAUAUAUUCCACCCCUUUUAAAAAGCUUUAUCAUUGUUUCGGCUCAUUCGGGUUCUAUUUAUUCUCCACCAAAUUUGGUUUUUACAGGUGGCCGCGUAUUAGGGAAAAACGUUACUGGGUAUCUCACUUAUAAAACUGGAGCAUGGUCGUUAGGUCCCUGGAGAGCAAAUGAAUUGUAUUAUCGACGCGAAAGGUCAGCAGUUGCUAUAAGCAUUAGUGGUUCCUAUGAAAAGUCUGGAUAUAAUUUUGAAAUACAGACUGGGAUUGCGCAAUCUUAUAUUUCAUUACAUUAUAAUCACAAACUUUUUGACGAUUAUCUAGUUAAAACAUCAACUACAUUAUCGACUACUGGUGGUUUGACAUUAGUUUUAUUGGGAGAACGUAAAAUUACUGAACAUACAAAAGCUUCAUUGGCAGUUGAAUAUGGAUUUCCUCAUGGGAUAACUUUUAAAUGCAGAAUCUCUAUACCGAUUCUUGUCUCACCGGAAUUCAAUUUCAAAAUAAUUUUGUGGGGAACAUUUCUACCGAUUAUAACAAUGGCUGCUGUUGAACAAACAAUAUUAAUACCUAUGCGUCAAAAGAAAAAAGCCGAAAAAAUAGCAGCUUUUCGAGAGCUCCAUGCCGAGCUUAUAGAAAAUCGUAAGAGAGAAGCUACAGAAGCAACCCGUCUCUUAUUACCUUCAGUGGAACGCAAGACAGAGAUGGAGAGAGAAAAGGAUGGUCUAGUGAUUCUAGAAGCUUGGUACGGCAAUGUUUCAAGUUUAAAUGGAGAAGUUCCUUUAGAGGAACGAAGUGACGUUAUUGAUGUCAAAAUACCAGUUCAAGCUCUUGUACAUGAAUCACAAUUAACUAUUCCAGGAAGAUAUUCGAAGUCCAAUAUCAUGGGAUUUUACGAUCCAUGUAUGGGAGAACGCAAACAAUUAAAAAUCAGGUACCAAUUCCAACGUAAACUUCAUGAAGUUACAGUGGAUGAUACAUCUCCUGUUGCGUGUCCUUUAAGAUCAGAAAUAGCCACACCCGCACAACUCGAUGUUGUAGAGGUUAAAAAACAUACAACAAGUGGUGUUAAAUCUUUCCUAGCGGGUGGGUUCGGUGGGGUUGCAUGUGUCCUUGUUGGUCAACCAUUCGAUUUGAUCAAGGUUCGGUUGCAAACAGCUCCUGAAGGAGCAUAUAUAGGAAUGGCUGAUGCAACAAGACAAAUCCUUGUUAAGGAUGGGUUACGUGGUUUGUACAGGGGUAUGGGACCUCCAUUGGUGGGAAUCACACCAAUUUUCGCAAUAAGUUUUUGGUCUUACAACCUUGGUAAGAAAGUCGUCAUGUCAGCGAAUCCCAAUCGCUCUUCUCAAGAGUUAAGUAUUGGAGAAAUUAUGAUUGCUGGCGGAUUAUCGGCAGGACCAACCACAUUGAUAAUGUCACCAGUUGAGAGAGUAAAAGUUUUAUUACAAAUUCAAGGUCAAGGAGGUGUAAAUAAAUACAAAGGACCAAUUGAUGUAGUGAGACAACUUUAUAAGGAAGGAGGUUUGGGCAGUAUUUAUCGCGGAUUUGGAGCUACAUUAGCACGGGAUGGUCCAGGAUCGGCUGUUUAUUAUGGAGCAUAUGAGGCUACCAAGAGAUUUUUGACGCCCGCAAAUGCUUCUCCUGAUUCCUUGAACCCUGCAGCCAUUUUAUUUGCUGGUGGUAUGGCGGGAGUUGCUAUGUGGGCAAUUGCUAUUCCACCAGAUGUUAUUAAAUCUCGAUUACAAACAGCUCCGCCUGGUACCUAUAAAAAUGCUCUUGAUUGUUUGCGUAAAACGAUCGCACAGGAUGGUACAAAAGCAUUAUUCAAAGGUCUCGGACCAGCUUUAUUUAGAGCCUUUCCGGCUAAUGCGGCAACGUUUUUGGGUUAUGAAGCUAGUUUAAAGCUCAUGAAUUUGCUCUGGUAG